AUGAGCGGCCUCAAUGUCUUGAUAUUCAAAUCCCAUCGCUUAGAGUUCUUUUCAGACACCGCGCUUCCGUUUACAGCCGACGUGUACUGGUCUGCCACCGUCAUGAUCAUCGAGUGGCCAGACGAUGUCCUCGUGGGACAUUAUGGUGAAGGAGCCACAGUCGUGUCCGUCGCCCCUGCCCUGGGUUCGAAACCGCCUCGACUGUAUUCUCGCAAGAGAUCAGUGUCGUUCUUCAAGGCGGGAGAAGUUCGCGCUCAUGGCGCACAUGACGGACCCCCUGACCUUUGCCUACCUCCAAUGUCGAGACCUACAAACAUGUGA